AUGUUUAGAAAUAUAGCAUUCAAGAACAUCAAGCCACAGUACUCGAAGUUUGUCACUGCCGGGGUUAUUGGUUGUGGUGCUACUGCUUCAGCUCUUUUAUAUUCGGAUUCAUUAAAGGCCCAUGCUAUGACUGCGGCUGAACAUGGGUUACACAGUCCAAGUUUUGAUUGGUCUCACAAGGGUCCCCUGCAAACUUUUGACCAUGCUUCUAUUAGAAGAGGGUACCAUGUUUAUCGAGAAGUAUGUGCUGCAUGUCAUUCGUUAGAUAGAAUUGCAUGGAGAACCCUUGUUGAUGUCUCACACACACAAGAAGAAGUGAAAGAAAUGGCUGAAGCAUUCGAAUAUGUUGAUGAAGAACCUGAUGAACAGGGUAAUCCAAAGGCAAGACCUGGUAAAUUGAGUGAUAAAAUCUUGGGUCCAUACCCUAACGAACAAGCUGCCAGAGCUGCUAACCAAGGUGCAUUUCCUCCUGAUCUAUCAUUGAUGUCCAAAGCUAGACAUGGUGGUGCCGAUUAUAUCUUUUCGUUAUUGACUGGUUACCCAGAAGAACCUCCAGCUGGUGUACAAUUACCACCAGGUUCCAAUUAUAACCCAUACUUCCCAGGUGGUUCCAUUGCCAUGGGUAGAGUCUUAUUUGAUGGGCUGGUAGAAUACGAAGAUGGUACUCCAGCUACUACUUCGCAAAUGGCCAAAGAUGUUUCUACUUUCUUGAGUUGGUGUGCAGAACCUGAAAUGGAUGAAAGAAAGAAAUUAGGGUUGAAGACUGUUAUAAUAUUAUCAUCAUUGUACCUAUUGAGUGUGUGGGUUAAGAAGUUCAAGUGGGCUGGUAUCAAGACAAGAAAGAUUGUAUUCAACCCACCAAAGAGUGGUAAGCGUUAG